AGCCAGAGAGCUCCUGAAAUUGACCAGCCCCCGACUCCACGUCACGUUGCGAAAGAGACAAAACGGAGCACGCCUCAGUCAAACCGGAUCGUGCCACCGGAUCGACGGCAGACAGGCAGGAAGGAAGGAAGAAAGACUCCCCACUCUUGGAAAUAUUUCGCUGUUUCCACGUUUUGGUGAAGAGGGGGAGGAGAUAGCGAGAGACCCCCCGAGUUCUUGGCCGCCCCCGUAUUCCCACGACCCCAGGACCCGGGUCCUGCCCUCGGGGUCCCUCCUUGGAUGUUUGGACGCCAAACGCGGGCGAAGCGCGACCUGUCCGCGUCCUGAUCGGUUUCAGCACCUCGGAGAGCGCCGGUUUCGGGCAGGCGGCCAUGGCCACGAGCGUGCAGGGCCGCGAGAAGCAGCUCUUCGAGAAGUUCUGGCAAGGGACCUUCAAAGCGGUGGCCACCCCGAGGCCCGGCAGCAUCAUCGUGGCCAGCAUCACCUCCCGCAAGCCCCGGGCCAGCACUGAAGCAUCCGGCUGCCUGUCACUUCCAACCGGUGAGAAACCCCUGGAAGGUCUCCAUCCAGCUCAAGAGACCUCGAACAGCAAUGGCUGUGCGAGGCUAAAAGACAGCGAGGUGCACCUCAGGAAUAAAUCACACAGCCUAUCCUGCAAUGAGGAAUCUACUCUACCUCCUAUCAAGGGGAAGAAAAAGAAAAAGAAAUCUACUCGGAAGAAGAGAAGGAGGUCUCCAUCCUGCAGCCUCUCCCCUCUGAAGAAGAAGAAGAAAAAGAAGCAUUCCAAAAAAAGGAAAAGGAACAGAUUAUCUUCGAAGAAAAGAAGACACAGUUCUUCAAGCCCAAAAAGCAAAAGGAAGGAAGAUCGCAAACACAAGAAACACUCUCGUGGCCGAUCUCAAAAAUCUCACCGCCACCACCAUCACCGCCGCCGCCGCCACUGCCGUUCUGGCUCAGAGAGCACCAGUUCUCUCUCAGAGAGCUGUGGAAGCAGGCCAAGAGCCCGAUACCGCGAAAAGGGGCAUAAAACGAGAUGGAAGCGCUCACGGCGCUCCUUGAAGAGUGCUCGAAAGCCAGACGCUGCUGCAGAGGUGACUAACACCCCGUCCCUCAGCUGCCCCCUCCAGAACAACCGCUUCCCCUCCACCCAUGGAAUGAUAUCAAAGACUGGGGUUUCUGCUGACCUCUUUCAAAAAGCAGAAGGUCAGGUGGUCAACCCAGUCCAACGCAAUGGAGAACCCCAUGAAAACGACUCAGGAAAUGACACUUCUUCCCCGCCAUCCAAUCAGACAAGCACAUCAAGGUCAAAGGGCAAGCAAGAAGCCAGCUGCCCGGUUCAUGAUGACUUUGGCAAUACCUUCUCAUCUGCCAGCAGCGGAAGCAGCUCAGAUUCGGGAAAUUCCUUCACCAGCUGCUUUUCUCGGACAAAAGGAGCAACUCGGGAAGAUCCGGCUCCAUCUCUGCAAAUCCAAAGCAAGAAUCAAAGCAGGUCAUCUCCAGCGUCUAGACAGUCCCAUUCAUCGCAUCACAAGACGAAUCCCAGGUCCUCCCAAAGCAGAUCCUGUUCAUCAGAGACAAGAUCCUACUCGCGCUCCCCCAGCUACUCUUCCAAGUCAUGCAAGAGACGUUCCGAAAGCAGGAGCUCAAGGCAGCGACGGAGCCCCAGCUAUUCUCGGUAUAGCCCUAGCCGGGACCGUGAAGAGGAGGAUCACAAGUAUAGCUCCGGCAGAAAGGAGUCACACGGGCAUCACGGGCGACAGCGUCGCAAACAGUCUUACUCCCCUCUACGGAAGCGCCGGAGAGAUUCUCCCAGUCACCUGGAGGCACGGCGCAUAACAAGCGCCCGAAAACGCCCCAUCCCCUACUACAGACCAAGCCCUUCCUCCUCCUCUUCCAGCAGUAUGAGCACUUACUCCUCGUGGUACAGCUGUUACAGCCACUCGCCUGACCGGAGUCGCAGCUACUCCAGCAGCCGGACCAGCCGCAGCAGAAGCUGGAGCAGCGACAGCAGCAGCCGAAGCCCCAGCCGCAGCUCAGCGGCGAGGAACAGCUGGCGGAGCGGCAGCAGGAGCUCGGAGUCGGUGGGCAGCUACGAUAGCAUACGGCGUUAGCAGAGAACGUGCAGACGCGCUUGGAUGCCCUCUUAG